CUCAAGUAAUGUACAACACGACGGAGUUAUGUUCGGUGGUGAGUGGUCACAAUAGUCCAGCGGCGGUAUUAUGUAAGUGUACUACCCGAACAGCAUUCAUAUCACAAUUGGUUAAGAAACGUCAACAGUGGUUUUUAUAGCCCUGGCAACUUUCCGCGGCUGCUCUCGGAGUCCUCAAGCUCGCGCUUUCAUCUGAGGGCUUGUAUCAACUCUUCAAUAUUUCAGCCCUCACCACCACUAUGACUUCAAGUACCAAUGUCUCUUGUUUUCACGAGGCUAGAAGAGUUGCUAUUUUUGGAGGCACGCACGGCAAUGAAAUGUCAGGCGUAACGCUUGUAAAUCUGUGGAUACAGAAUGGAAAAGAGAUCCAAAGAAAGGGAGUUGAGACGAAACCCUUCAUAACGAACCCAAGAGCCGUGGAGAAAUGCACUAGAUAUGUGGACACAGAUCUUAACAGAGCGUUCACGACAGAGAAUCUCAGGUAAACAGCAGGGACCUUUGACGUUGAGUCAUGUUUAUCUGUCUGUCCAGUGUUAUUUAGUUCUCAAUACCCAAAUACACUGAAUGUCUAUAUUGUCUAGAGACGACUGGAAUUGCCAUAUUAUAGAUGUUCUUAUUUUUAUAUAUAUUGUGGCCCCAUGGUGCUAAGAAUUUAUGUUUAUUAUGGCAUAUUAUAAGCAAUUGCCAAACAGCUUAUUAUGGAAAUCCUAAAGUUUGUGAUUUUCUUGAAAAAAAAGGUUGGACAGCUCCAAUUACAGCAAAGUUACUGUAUUCAUGCUCACACAGACUCUCAGCUGAUUUACAGCCAGCUUCUGGGCAAAACGUGAGCAGAACAUGAAUGAGUUACAGAUGAGCUUGGAGUUGGUCCAAGUGCAUGACAGCGGAAGGAUGUGACUGACAGAAGUUCAUGUUUCAUAAUACAGCAGGCUCUUCAACAGUAGCCUAUUCAUUAAAUUACAUGUGUAAUUAUUUAUUUUGCUUCUAACUUGGCAUUAUGCCCCAAUUGCAAAAUAAUCAACGUUUGAAAACUUUAGUAUGUAUGCAGGGGAAGCAAGCACCUUCCAUCUCCUUGCUAUCAUGAUGUAGGUAGGCUGAAAUCCACAUUUUUAACCUUCAAAAUAUAGUCAAAUUGUAGAAUUGAUGCUUCUCUUCUGUGUCUGUAGAUGUAGUCAAAUAGAUUAGAAACUCAUUUUUCAUUGGAGUAUUGCAUUUACUCAGCAGACUCCACUCUAGUCACACUACUAUGUUGUUGACACAUCUUUUAGGCAGGCUAAGCUGAUUACCUCCUUGAAGACAUAUUCUAAUUAUAGCGUUUCUAUUUAUAUCAGGCCUAUGUACUGCAUUCCUGAUUCCAAGAUACAUUCCUGUAAUGUUUCUGUGGUUUUCUACUGACAUUGAUAUACUGGCAUGGUAUUUGGUGUAGGCUGGUUGGUAGGCCUAUAGUUGUCUUUUAACCAAUCAACCACACAUUUUUCAUAAUCUAUCUGGCAUAGUUUUUCUUUUAUAGCCUACUGAGGGUGGAGAAUAACUGCAUUUUGACAGACCUACCUGUCUCUAUUGUGCUACAUGAUAGUCCUAACUAUCCGGACAUUGCUAGAUAUGCAGUCAAAAGGGGAGUUGGGUGGGGGGAGAGAAAGAGACAAAAAUGGGUAGCACAGGUGCCAUUAUGCUAUUGGGGCGGCUUGGAGAACAUGCUGGUUCAGCAUUAGAGCAUUUGUUGUUUUGGAAUUGUUAAAAAAGGCAGAGAGGAAGGAAACAUUUCAGCUAUCCAAUGGUAAUGUGAAUCAAGGUUGUGAGCAUAGGUUGCAGCAUGAUAAGAAUCAUUGAAGAUUAGCUUAGUCAUUAGUUUAUAAGACGUUCAGAAAUUUUAUAAUAAUUGCUCAGAAAUGCUUGCCAGUCGAGUGAUGACUCAAACUGAAUUCUUCCGCUUCUCUAUGUUCUCUACAUACUUCAGUCUGAGACUGCCAUCAUUGAAGUCGUUUGUGGUGACGACAAAAUUAGGUGUGUUGAACAAAACAACGUCAUCAGCGAUUGGAUCAUCUCUAACCAAUCAGAGUAUCAAAGCCAAUGACACAUUUUCCAAAUGCCGCUUUACCCACAUAUGUUCUGGCUCUGGCCCAACCCAUCAGUUUCUGGGACCAAUCAGAACGGUUAGAAUGUGUUUUCGUUCUAGAAAUCGUUGAGGAGGUAAUCAGAUCCAGACUCAUUGCGGAGAAGAAACUAACGUCCGUGGAUAUGGCAUAGUGUUUGGACGGAGCAAGGAGUUAGGGUAGCCAGGCAACAGAACUGCAAGGCUAUGAGAAUAUGGUCCAUAUAAAUGUGCUGCUUUUGACGGUUAGAAAAAGAAUAUGCUUUGUGAUAUUGUUGUUCUCCAAAAUGUUAGCUUCUGCUGAGUCCCCAACAACCGGAUGUUCUGGUUUUCAGGGAAAAUGGAAAGAGAGCCUGUGACACGACUUCUGCUUUUAGACGUUAACAAGGCGACACUCGAUCUUAACUCCUCUUCCACAUUUACUGGAUUGGUUCAACAGUGCAGAAGAGAACCUCCCCCCAAAAUAGUUUUUCUUCUCGUCAAGACCAGUAUGUAGGGGAUCUAGUUGCAGGCAUUUACAGUGGGGAAAAAAAGUAUUUAGUCAGCCACCAAUUGUGCAAGUUCUCCCACUUAAAAAGAUGAGAGGCCUGUAAUUUUCAUCAUAGGUACACGUCAACUAUGACAGACAAAUUGAGAAAAAAAAUCCAGAAAAUCACAUUGUAGGAUUUUUAAUGAAUUUAUUUGCAAAUUAUGGUGGAAAAUAAGUAUAUACUUUUUUUCCCCACUGUAUUUUAUGCCUGCUACAUUAGCUUACCAAAAUGUAGAAACGUACCCUUUGAAUGUGAGCAUGAUCAUACUUCUGUACUCUUAAAGGGAUAGCGCAGUUAAAAACGUGAUUUUCCUGUUUUAAAAAAAUGAUUUUUCCACACUAUGAGGUCGAAAUAACACUCUGAAAUUGUGAAAAUUAUGAUAAUGCCCUUAUGUUUGAAGAAAAUGCUUUCCCAUCCAGCUUGUAGCAGAGAGGGCGUUUUCAAUAUUUGUGGCCUACAAUUGACCUCUGUCUGGUGAAAGUUUUGAUGGCCUUCUUACAUAAGGGUUAAAGUGUAAAUCUUUUAUCACCAUUUGUUCAUUGUAGCGGACUCCACUGUCAAUCAUUAACAGGCUCAGUUAUUGUAAGGCAUGUGCUGUGUUCUGAAUCGCAUAUUUACUAGGGAUAAUCGGUAGCCUAUACAGUUGAAGUCUGAAGUUUAUAUGCCAUACUACUAUGGCUGACCCUGUAAAACAACACAUUUCACUGCACCUAUCCGGUGUGUGUGACAAUAAAACAAGUGGUUAACCUGUCAGUGGUGUCUCCACAGCGCCCCUAGUGGAGAUGACCUGCCCUACGAGGUCCAGAGGGCCCAGCAGAUCAAUGAGAUAUUUGGACCUAAGGGAAGCCCUGAGGCCUACGACGUCAUCUUCGACCUCCACAACACCACCUCCAACAUGGGUUGUACGCUCAUACUGGAGAGCUCCAAGGACCACUUCAACCUCCAGAUGAUGCAUUACAUCAAGGUGAACUUAGAAAGUCUUUACUCCCUCUCGCUGGGCCGCUUUCGCAAUGACAACAUGCUUUUUAGUCGAGGCUUAGGGGGGAAUUCUAACUUCCUCAAAUGUUCACUUAGUCUCCCAUUGACAUCAGUGCAUGACUAAGUGAAAAUUUGACUCAAUGGGCUCAAUUCGAAUUGUAGGCAGUCAAUUCAGGAAGUAAACUAAAAUUACAAUUCAGUAACUGAAAAAAGGACAUGUAUUUUCAAAAACUUCUCAAUAAACUGAAAAGUAGAAGCUAUUUAUUUCUGAAGUUUUAAAAUGUCUGAAGUUUCAAUUCAAAUCACUUCCUGAAGUGACUGCCGUCAAUUCGAAUUGAGCCCAACCCUGGUCCGGGAAACUGGCGUUCUGUGUUCCCUCUUAGGUCACUUUGGAUAGUAGGGUUAGUUGUAUGAAUAAUUUCAUUGAUUGAAUCACAAGGUUACCUAUUAGUGCUCUUUAAUGGUAAAUGUGGGUUAACUAGAGUGUACCUAUAGGGUCAAGGACUCAGGAAGUUAGGUAAUGUAUUAAGAGGAGGGUUAAAGCCACUUAUUUAACACUGGUUUGACUAUGGUCUUAAAGUGUUAUAUUUACUGAUGUUGAAAAUUGGUCAUACUUAGCCUUUUAUUGUUAUAUUUCUGACUAGUGUGUUAUUAGUGGCCAUAUUGUAAUGGAAAUAAUGUGUUCUGUGUUGAGGUUGUGUGUUUGUUCACCUGCUGAGACAUCUUUAAUUAUGUCAUGCAGAAAGCCAUAGCUCCAGACAGUUGUCCAGUUCUGCUGACUGAACACCCGCUACUCAAGUAUUCAACUUCACGCUCUGUGGCCAAGCACCCCAUCGGUGAGUUCAAAUUCCAGCCUUACAGCCCUUGGGAAAAUGUCUGGGAAAUACUGUAGCAAGUGGUAUUUCACUCUAGCGCGUGUUGAGAUGUUGUAGUACAUUGGGGCCUUUAUUCACUUUUAUUUAUCUGGGAAUACUAUGUAAUGUAAUAGUAAUUUUAAUCUAGUAAUACUAUGACAUUUUCCAUUUUAUUAAACAAGUCAAAAAUAAGCUAAGUUUAAAUUGAUUGAAUUUGAAUUGAAUUGAAUGUGUCCCUAAAGAAGACAACAUAUUUAUAUUUAGAGGAUAUAUUUAUAUUUAAAACUUUUGAAUGCGUUUAUUUCAGGUCUAGAGGUUGGCCCACAACCUCAGGGGGUUUUGAGGAGCAACAUCUUUGAGUCUAUGAGGGUGGUACUGAAACAUGCCCUGGACUUCAUUGAGCUCUUCAACGAAGGUAUGUAACAUUUGUGAAAGCUUAUAAAAGGUAAACAUUCCAUAGAUUUUGUAUGGCACAUUAGCUGGCGGUAAAUUAAUAAGGUUAUAAGGUAUUAAAAAUAAAAUACCUCAGCGGUAGUUUGAAUGUCCCACUGUCUUAUUUUGUUAAGAAAACAAUUGUUGUAAGAGAAGGCUUUUUGCAGAACAUAUUGGUCUCUACUCUACCAAUACUAUAAUAAUAAAACAGAAAUACACAUCUAACAUCGACAACAUCAACUUUUUUCUUAGAGAAAUGUCUAAUAGGCUAAGUCGUUUUGUAUCUCUUUUUUUGUUUUGUUUAAUAGCAUUCUCUGCUCCCCCUCCAUCCUAUCUGGCAUCAUGAGCAUCACUGUAAUGACUCAGUUUUUGUGACAUUGCUCAUGGGUGAGCGAGUCGUGUUCUCUUUACAUGCAAACUUUUUUUAAGUAAUCCUUCCUCUUCAGCUAUUUCAUAAGAUCCCCUUCCAGUUCCUUCCUUCUUCCAAAGGCAGACAGACAGUGUUUGCAACUUUGAGGUAUCAUGUAACUUGUACAGAUGUAGGAUCUUAAUUUGACCAGUUUUUCACAGCAGGAAAAUAAUUAUGUAGCAACAGGAAAUGUGAGUUAUUGUGUGGAUUAUAAUUAAUGGACAUUUUUGUAGGGGUUAAUACAUUUUUAGUUAGGGCAAAUGUCCUGCAACAACCGGGUGAUCAAAUUAAGAUCCUACAUCUGUAUAUAGCUGUAAAAUAUGUAAAGGUAUGCUUGAAAACUAAUGGAAAUAUGAAUGGGUAAAAAGCUGCAUGAUACCUCAAAACUGCAACCACUGCAACAAGCUUUCCUCCACAUCUUCUGUAAACAAGCAGUAGUUGCCAAGAGUGAAUUGAAGUUUGAAGUCUGCUCGUUCGUUCCCCUCACUAGGCCCGCUAGGCUGCUCAAUGGCAUACUUGUUGGAAGUUGGUUAGUUUCCAUGUGAUUAGGAGCCAGCAGGGUUUUGUAAUCUGUUGUCCAGGGGCCUGGCUCCAGGGUCCACAGUGGGGGCCUGAUGAAUGCUGUGUGCCUUGGUGCUGAAUUGUGUUUUCUGCUCUGAGAAAUUAAACUGUGUGUGCGGUCCUCCAAAACAACAGUUGGAACUACGGGCUAUUUUGAAUAUGAUUGGGGAUUAAUCAAUGAGGGAAGAAAACGUAAUGCACACAAUCAUAGUCAAACUUAUUUACAAAAUAACACACAUACAUACUGUACAUAGGCUACAUUAUUAUUGAUAUUUCUCAUCACUGUUGAGGAUUCUUUUAUUUGUGUGCAAGAAAGCUACUUCAGUGCUAUUCGUUUUGUCCUUUACUUGAUUUUGCAUGCACAGUAACAAGUGAGGACGAUGUGGUGUGUUGUUUGUAUUGUGUAGGCUUGGAGUUUCCCCCUUGUACAGUGGAUGUGUUCAGAGUUUCAGAGAAGAUUGACUACCCCAGAGACACCAAUGGCAACAUCAUUGCCAUGGUGCAUCCCAAUCUACAGGUACAAAACUGGGCUAUUAAAUGCUGUAAUACUUUUAAAUGUCUAUUGUUAUUUACUUAUUCUAACUUUGUGUUCCUUUCAGUUAUGUCUGUUUUUGACCCUAUGUCUUGGGUAACAAAUAUUUAUUUAGUAGUGAAUUUCAAUGGCCUGUGAUGGUGUAUCCAAUGACUCAGUCAGAAUCCCAGGUUGUUUUCUUUAACUGUGGGGUUGCAGUAGUUUGUUACUCUAACUCUAACUCUUGAGCUUUGAAUUUCCUUUUUGUUGUUCAUUCCUCAUUUAGGACUGUGACUGGGAGCCGCUGAACCCUGGUGACCCUAUGUUCCAAAUGUUUGACGGGACAACCCUCCGCUACGAAGGUGCUGGCACCGUCUAUCCCAGUUUUAUUAACGAAGCUGCUUAUUAUGAGAAGCAGCAGGCGUUUGUAACUACCAGACGAGAGACCUUAGCAGCUGGUGCUAUCAAAAAAGCAUAGGACAAAGUUACAGUAUAUAGUUGACUUCAGUUUGUUGUAAGCCCCAGCAUUAUUCUUUACAGUUAAUCUUUAUUAUAUAUAUACAAUAUUCUUUAUAGUUUUCCCAAUGACACUCCACUUAAAAAGAACAUCAUAUCUUUCACAUUGAUAAUUAGAGAGUAAUGUUUUAUACUCUGUACUUUUUUAGAUGUCUUAUUGAUAUGUUGUUCUAAGAUCAACUAACUAUGCAAAGUGCAGUCACUGUGACUAGAGGCAAUGCUAUGUUUUUAAUGAAGCUGUGAACUUUUUCUAUCCUAAGAAUUGUUGUGAUGAAUACAUAUUCUGUUAUUUUUAAAUAGAUUUUAUUAAGCAAACUUAAAGUUUUGUGAAGUGAAAGUAAGUGUAUCUAUGACAAAUACGAAGUACUGCAAUCUCACUUAAGCACUGUUCUUAAUACUGUAUUCUAUUUAACCGCUCAGGAAGUUGGGCAAUUUUAUAUUAUAUCAAAAUGAUAACGUACAACCUGAGAAUCUUUAUGUUGUAUCUAUUAUACUUAUAAUCAAGUUGUUACAACCAAUAAGCUAGUGAGCUUGGCCUUAAAAUACAAUAACAGAACCUCUUGAUGCUACCUAACCUCUCUACAGGUGUAGGAUCUUAAUUUGAGCACUC